UCACCCGGAUUUUAACAGAUCCAAUAUGGAAGCUUUCUGACACACGUGUGAUUUGUUUUGAUCUUGUUGAUUUGUAAACAUUCGUGGAAAAUGUGAGUUUGGACAGAGCAACAGCCCAUUUUUACAAUGGAAACUGAGACAAACGUAGAGGAAAGUAUGGAACGAUUACAACUUGCGGAUGUAGAAGAAAAGUUGAAGAGAUUGCAACUGACUGAGAAAUCAGCUUUGUCAGUUGCCAAAGUUGAACCAGAUUAUGUACUGGACUUUGCUGUUCAGAAAAGUGGAAGUGAUGGCCGCCUAGCAGCAACAAGUAGCAACUAUAACAUCAGGAUAUACAGCCGAGCAAAUCUGGCAAAUGUUGGAAGCAUCAAAGGUCACACAGAUGUGGUGUCUGGUGUCACCUUUGGGAAGACAGAGCCCAGUCUGCUCUUCUCUUCCUCUCAUGAUGAGACUCUCAGAUGCUGGGAUCUCCGUGUGGGGAUGGAUAAAGAAGUGCAGACAUUUACAGCCCCUGCCACCGUGAGCCCCAAGCUGACCUGUCUGGACAUUGACUGCACUGACAAGCUGCUGUGUGCAGGGACCGAGGAGGAUGGCGGCAGUGCAUACAUCUUAUUUUGGGACCGACGGAAGGCUGAACUUAUGGGCUGCUAUGAUGAAUCCCAUCAAGGGGACAUAACUCAGGUAAAAUUCCACCCCAGUGACAAAGACCGACUGUCAACAUCAUGUGUAGAUGGCCUUGUCUGUGUCUUUGACGUCUCCCAGACUAGCGAGGACGAUGCUCUGCUCUAUACCUUCAAUGCUGAAUGCUCAGUGAACUCGAUUGGCUGGUAUGGGAGCAGACGUACCAAAGUCUGCUGUUUGACAUCUAUAGACACGUUUCAUGUCUGGGACACAGUGGAGGGUGAUGAAGAAGCGAGAGUUAACAAUGUAAAAGAUAAACUACAGGGGGCUGCCUCUGUUGACUACAUAGUCGACCUCCUCCAGCCAGAGAGUGACAGCAUGGACAUAUUGGUUGCAGGGACAUAUGGAGGCGAUGUAAGGAUUCUUGAAGUUGAAGAUAAUGAUGUGAAUGUGGUUCACACCCUGGGCAGCGGCGGACACACAGACCGGCUACGCUGCUGUAACUGGGAUGCUCAGAAUGAAACCCUAGUGACAGGAGGGGAAGAUUCCCUGCUGUGUCUGUGGUCAACUCAAACCAAACCCUCAGCAAAGGUCACAUCAAAGAGCAAAGUCAAGUUAAAAAGAAGAGGACGAUCAUCGCAGCCCUAUUAGCAAUGAUGAAACACAAGUUCUGAAGAGGGAAGAUGUUGCAGUAUGUCAGCUAGUAUCACUACAAAUUCAACAAUCAUUUAUGACAAACAUUGUUUUCGGCACAUAUUUCUUUUCCGUAUUAAACAGAAAUGGUGUCUAAGAAAUAACUUCCACUGCGUGUGCUGCAAUGUCAAUCAACAGUGUGCUUUAGAGCCUUUUUUUCAUGUUCAGUGACGAUUCUGGUUAAGAAUGUAGGUAAACGUCAAUCUAGGCUUGGGAGGUCGGUCAUGGUUGAUGACUCAGUAGCUGCAUGUAUACCAAAGGCAAAGAAAGAAAUGACGAUGUAAUAAUAUCAAUCAGUAGUUUAUCUGGUUGAGAUUUGAUUAUUUCCUGGCCAGUGAAAUAUUACUAAGAGAAGAGCAAACUUUAGGCCUUAUCAGUAUCUGGUCACCUUGUGUUGUGUGAUACUGUGGGUGCUGACCUUUGUAGCAUGGUGACCAUGGUGACCAUGGUGACCUGUCAGUGUCACCAUAUGUAUCACCAACGGUUGUUAUUGUUAUGAACUAUGGAUGUCGAUACCUUUUGAAGAUUUACCAAUGUUUGACUGGAUAUAUACAUGUAAAUAAUCCAAACCAAAUCUGU